UUGACCGACGUGGAGGAGAAUAUUCUACUCGAUCCUGUCAUCACUCACGUGUGCCAUUCCGUUCUGACCACCAAAUGUGCUGUCGACCGUGCGGAUCACGGUCGGGCGUUUGACUGCCUGUUCGAUCAUCAAGAUGAUCCAAUCAUGUCCGUGUCUUGUCGUGUACAUAUUCGAGAAUUGUACUACUUUGUCACACGUGACAUCACACUGGAUGAGAAUUUGUACCAAGCAUGCGCCGUGGAUGCUGGGAAGCUAUGCACUUUGCCCAAAAACCCCUGGACUAGUCGUUCAAAACCGGAUCCUUUUGUGCUCACUUGUCUGUAUAAUCACCGCUCUGAACACGAGAUGCCAACCAAGAAUCUAACCGAUAGAUUGUCACCCGCCUGUGAGACUGAAGUAUUACGUGUUGUUCACGGACGAGCCAAGCGUGUCGCGUUCGAGCCCCGAGUGUUCGAGGUCUGUUUGGCAGAUUUGGCUGCGUUCUGUGAUGCGGAAGAGGAAGACAACGUGGAAUAUCUGGGUGAGGAUGAGGAUGAGAACGUCGAUGAUGCAAAUGACAAAAACCCAAAAAAAGAAAAACCGCGUACGAGAGGUGCAUCUGGUAUGGAUUGUUUGCAGAGAAAUUUUAAUGCAUUGCAGCCAGAAUGUCGUGCUGCCGUGGUUACAGUCAGUGCUGAGGUCGAGGACGAUCCGAAUUUGGACAAACUUGUCAGUCAAGCCUGUCUGGUUGCUGAACAGCGCUUUUGUACUGGUUUUUCCAAUCCCAGUAAAAUUUUGGACUGCCUGAUUCGACAUAAAAACCACCCGGAAAUGAGCGAACCAUGUCGCGCAGCAAUCGAGCACAUUCAACGAGUCGAUCCACCGCCUAAUCCAACAGCCAUAAAGGAAAUCAGACCAGUAGAGAUGCAUGGAUCUCUGGGCCGAAUCUACACAAGUCGAAUGGUGAAUGAACUCCUAGUGAACGACUGGCAAUUAUGCAGUUCUCAAGUGAUGGUUCAAAGCAUAGAAGUACACUCUAAAAAUAGAAAGUCCAUUGAUGUCGGGGAUCUCUUGUACCAAACUCCCAUGAUCAUGGAAUUGGCUCGUUAUUCUGAAUGA